AUACUGGGCAUGUCUCAUGCACAUACAAUGCUGCUGGUUGUGUGACUCCCAGUCCCACACAUUCACAUAAAGCGUUAUCUAAGAGAGGAAGCCUAUUAACCUGAGUUAUUGGAGAGCCCCCCACCUUCCCUGUUGAUUUGGCAACUUUGGGGGGUGGGGGGUGAGUGAAAGUCAAGAGCAGAAUUGGUCUGAUGGCUUUGCUUGUCUGCCUGCUGCUCUCAUUAGCUUUAUUGCUGCAGACAAUUUGCUGUAUAUAUAUAGCAGUGUGCUUCUGGCCUGUCACACAGUAGGGUUACUAUCAAGUUCUUCCAUAUGAUUUAGGGGCAUCCAUCCAAUAGCAAUUAUAUGAUAUACUAUGACAGUUAUAAUACGCAAAAGCCAUGAAUAUCUUUAUAAACGGUGAGUUCUGAUGUCAUCAGUUAUAAACGCCAGAGAACAUGAUCCUGAUACAGCUCCUAGAAGGAAAGGCCUUUGUGUGGAAGGCAGAUGAUGUUCAGAUGAUCCGGGAGCAACAUGGACUGGUGGGGAAUCUGGUGGGUGCCCUGGUGAGGAAACCAAGGCAAAACUCAAGGCUUGGCCUCCCAUUGCAGCUUUUGCCUGAAGAAGCUCGACUGUUGGUAGAAGUUGGAGCUGCAGUUCUUGUGCGUAGCCUCUCAAGGGAAAAGGAACUGCAAAAACAAGAGGUUUUGGAACCGGAAAGUGCAGAGUCCUCCUCUUCAACAAACGAAGGUAAAGAUGAGCAGCCAGAGGCCGCUGCCUAUGAGAAGUAUCUGGGUGAAAGCUACAAGGAGCAGAGGAAACUCGCACUGGAAGAGAAAAGGCGCACACUAGAAAGCCUAGCAGAUCGCAUUGCAGAGGGAAGGUCACGGAGGAAACGGCAGCGCAGUGACCAGGAAGGAGAUGCUACAGAGUCACCCUUGCAGGGACCGAUUAAAGAGCUUCAGAACUUAGAGGAGACAUUCCAUUUUCCCAAGGAAGCAAUGAUGGUGCAUCUGCCGACAGCUCGCACUUCCUGUGAGGAUGUAGAGGAGGUGGAUCCGCGUCAGGUCUCUGUGCACUGGCCGUAUGCUGGGCAGAAGGAGCAUGAAGUGCGCUUUAAAGUUUUCAAGAGCCUUUGGCAAAAAGGGUAUUUUCUCACGAAUGGUAGCAAAUUUGGAGGAGAUUUCCUUGUUUAUCCAGGAGACCCCAUGCGCUUCCAUGCGCAUUUCAUUGCUAUCUGUUAUCCAUACAAGGAGGAGAUCGCUCUGAGUGACAUUGUUACUGCUGCACGCCUCGGCACUAACGUCAAGAAGACAGUGCUGCUUUGCUCCGCAGACCAGGAAGGAGAAGUGACUUUCACCUCAUUGCAAUGGUCAGGCUUGCAAUAAAACCAGCCAUUGCUUUAAGUAUUGUAGAACCUUGUAAAGCAUAACAGCCAACUCACAGCAGAUUCAAAGUGCCCAUAAAUACCUCCUGGAGAAUGCGAGAACUUGGCUGGCCUUAAUUUAUCCUUGAAAGUUCUGCCAGGAAUGGGAAAAGUAUUUGUCUGACCUGUUAAAUGGACAUUCCUUUUCCAAAAAAAACAAACAAACCAUCAAACUGUAUUUUUUUUUUUUUUUUUUUAAUUCUUGCAAAUCUUUACUAUGGAUGUAAAAAUCAGCACUUCAUAGGAAUAAUCUUUCUUUACCCUGAGCAAGUAUUUAUUGAUAGGGAGACUGAAGUAAUAGAAAGAACGGGUUAUCAAAUUUAGACUUCUUAUUUUGUAAAAUAUUACAAUUCCCCCCUGCAUAGAUUUAUGUAGCUAUGAAUAAGAGGGUAGGGGGGGGAUUAUACUUCACUUCCGAUUUAAAGGGCAUGUAAAGGGAAAAAGAAACC